AUUUCCUAAAAGAACGAACGACGCCGUAUACACCGAGAAGCUCAACGUUCGUCAUCACUCUUCUCGCUUCUCGGCGUCUCCAUCGCCGUCUCUAUCUAAUCUCGUCCUGCGUCGACCUAGUGAGCUACUUCAGAUUCCGGCCAUCACGCAGCUCCAGUUGUAUGCUUUGAGAGUUAAUACAAAGAUGACAACAAUCGAAACCGGUCAGAAAACUCAAAAGUCUUCUCCUUCCGGUUCUGGUACUACCCCUACUGGUACUCUUAAGCAGUCAUCAGCAUCGUUUAAAAGGUGGGGAAGGAGACACCCGUUUGUAAGAUAUGGACUUCCGAUGAUAUCUCUCACUGUAUUUGGAGCCCUCGGACUCGGCCAACUCCUUCAAGGCAGUAAGGAUAUUGCAAAGGUAAAAGAUGACCAAGAAUGGGAGAUUAUAGAAACAAGAAAGGCACUUUCGAGAACAGGACCUGUCGAUGCCUAUAAACCUAAAAACACAUCCAUUGAAGAUGAGCUCAAGGCUAUGCAAGAGAAGGUGGACAUAAACACGUACGAGUACAAGAAAAUUCCAAAGCUAAACGAAAGCAAGUCGAGUUAAGAAGAGUCUUUGUAUAAGAUUAGUCUUUUUAGAUGUGUUUCAGUUUUAAAUGACUCUUCAGUUCACAUAAUCGCCCAAGUACAAAUUCCAGUAAGUUCUGUCUGGGCUUCCUAAAACCAAGAACAACGAGGGACUUGCCAAUUGUUGAUAAUACAUGUUGUCGUGUUGAUUUACGACGUCCAAAUAGAUCUGAAAGAGGUUUUAUAACCAGUUAGACUUUACAUCUUUAUACCAAUUUCUACACAACUUUA